AUCGCCCCCAAACUCGGCAACGAAACAGCCAAGGCCGAACUUGGUCGUGCAGCAUGGAAGCUCUUCCAUACGACAUUCGCCCGCUUCCCGGACAAGCCCACAGCUGAAGAAAGCGCAGCAUUAAACGCAUACAUCCACCUGUUCCAACGGUUAUACCCCUGCGGCGAAUGUGCCGGUCACUUCCGAACGAUCCUCGACAAGUUCCCUCCACAAGUCACAUCGCGAUCAGCAGCCGCAGCUUGGGGUUGCCAUGUCCACAACGAGGUCAACAAGUCCUUGAAGAAAGAGCUAUUCGAUUGUUCCAACAUUGGUGACUUCUACGACUGCGGAUGCGCGGAUGGAGAAGCACCAGAAGGAGGCGACAAGAAGGAG